AAUGAAACAUCGGACGUAGAGAGUGUAAAUACCACAAAAGCCCUACUCGCUCCCACUCACACUUGAAAAGGUCUGAGAGACUUUCAGGCAGACAGAAUCAUGAGCAACCCAAGACUCACGCUCAUACUCACCUGCCUCGCACUGGCACACCUGGGGCAGCUGGCAGCUGACUGCGACCAUGACCACCAGUACUCGCACAACGGAGAGUGCUGUGACUUCUGCCCUCCAGGUCACUUUGUAAUGAAACAUUGCAGUGAGACGCAUAAAACCACCUGUGCUCCUUGUUCAUUGGGCACAUACUCCGAAGAAACUGACUACUUGGACAGCUGUAAAAAAUGUACAACCUGCCAACAGGUUACGUUGAGAGAAUGCUCCACCACUCUUGAUGCAAACUGUUCAUGCCAUGAAGGUUUCUUGUGCGACUCACCCGAGUGUGGCAGUUGUCAGAAGAAGGAGAUAUGUCCCAGGGGCCAUGAAUUGAUCAAGAUUGGUACAUAUUUAUAUUCUUUCCAUUGUGAGCCGUGCUCUGAUGGCAUGUACUCUGACACAGACGGAGGGGUUUGUAAACCUUUAACAAGGUGUGACCAGUUUGGCCUGAAGACACUAUUUCCUGGAAACAAGACACACAAACCAGCUUGCAGAAUGCCUGGAGAACCAGGUCACACUAUGGUGUUCCUGGUGCUGAUCCUUGCGCUGUGCACGUUCACCUCCCUCGCCGUUCUGGUUAAGACCUGCAUGUCAAAGCAGAAGAAACAGAUGAACUGCACAGGGAAAGCCUGUACCUCCACGGCCGUGGACCUGCCCGACGAGACUCUCCCUUUCCAGUUGUCGAUGGAGGAGAAGGGAGACCGCCCCAUCCAGGAGAUCGAUGGAAAUGCCAGCCUGACCAGCCUGACGUACGGGUGACCCCUCAGGCCUGAACUCGGUAUCUUCCGGAAAAAAGGUUAUUUCUGGAGUGAUGUUUCCCCUUCUCGUUCCUCUUGCCGACGGAUUCCUCGUCGUGCGGACUCCUUCGGGGGGACACCAUGCCACGCAGGCCAGCGCACUUCAGGACCGUCUGAAUUUAUUUGACCCCUGGCCACCUGCUUGUAACCCGAAGGAGGGACUUUCAUCUGAAGCAGCUCACAGCCGGCGUCUGGCUCUCUAGAAUUGCUCCUGCCUUUAUAGCUGCAGUUCACUCUCUCUAUUGGGAGUUUGGUUUCCACCCGGGCAUUAUGAUUUCUUCUUUUGACAAUUUUCUAAUUGUUUUUGGUCUAGUUUUGCACAGGCCUUUAAUCUACAAAAAGAAAAACUAGUUCUUAAAAGUAAAAACCUAUUUGCUAUCAACGGAUAGGGACUUUCCUUUUUUUUCUUCUGACCUCUGAACAAAUAGCAAGCGAACUAGAUUGCUGGGUAUCGAUAUUUUGACAUACUCAUUUCUGAAAAAAAAAUAGAUUUUGUGGUUUCCUUUUCUUUCUCAAGCACAAAUAGAUUAGAAGACCAAAAUCUACGGACCAUGAGUAAAUUUCAGCUUUCUGGAUAUGAUUUGAUUUUGGUCCUUAUUCAUGCACAUAGUCACAUAAGCUCCUCUCACCUGGCUAGUUAGCUGACCUGCUAAUUGUAUUGAGGGUUUUUUUGUUCUUUCUCUUUUCCAGUUGUGUGCAUGGAGCCACCUUGGUGUGGGUUGCACUGUGUAUUUGUCUGUGUGUCCAGUAAUACGACCUCGAGGGAAUGCCAGCCAUCUCGUUAUGGGCUUAAAAUACGUGGAUAAUACAGUGCGUGAGUUGUGAAAGGACCGAUUUCUGAAUGAAUGCAUCAAAAUUCUUGAUCUUAAGGUUCAGCUGACUGGUCCUGGCUGCACAACUCAAUUGUAAUUGUUCUAGGAGCUGAUCACCUUUAGAACGUGCCUUUAGAAAAUCAAAACGGAGCAAGAAGUAUUCAGACCAGGCAGCCAGAAAAUUGGAUGACAGUAGAUCAUGAAGUCAAUGUUGGUUGAAAAUGUGGUUUCCAAACUCAUUGCAGCCCUUGCAGUGCUACUCUCGAUGCAGUGGUAAAGUGAUGGGCUCUGAUUGGUUGAACGGCCUGUGGUCUGUUCUGUUCCUCAAGCAAACAGGCGUAACUCACUUUUCUGUAGCCACUUUGAAAAGCUGGUUCAAGACCUUGCUUGUGUGCUGUAUAGAAGCCAUUCAAAAGAGCACUUUGUCUCUGCUGCAACCUGUGAACAGUGCAGCAAAUGACAUUCUGUGAGUCAGUGUAUAUAGGAGAAACCCGAGGUGAAAUGAGGGGUCAUCAAAAUGUUUGCAGUUAGAACUCACAGCAGUCAGUUGUGCAUCCUUAAUUUAAUUUGUUUGUAGAUGUCUAUAAAACAGAUGAUGUCCAAAUUUGACCUUUUAAAAAGGCAAUACGAUUUUUUUUUGUGUUCACACCCUGCUUAUUGUAUAAAUAAAUGUACUAAAUGUUGAA